GGCAGAGCGAGAGAAAGACAGAGAGAGAGAGAGAGAGUUUGGGAGGGGAAAAAACACACGACAAAACACAACAAGGAAGGGGAAAGGGGAAAGGGGCUGUUGUUGGCUCCUUGAGGCGAGAUCCCGGGCGAGACGAGGAGGAAAGAAGAGAGCAAAGGAAGGAGGGGAACCGGACCAGGAAGACGUUUCUCCACCGAGACUCUCCGCGCCUUCUUUGUUAUGGCUGUCCUCGAAUAGGCGUCCGAGGGCUGCUUGCGGAGACGAAAAGAGCCCGGGGCCGAUCCGAACCGGGGAGGAGGUUCCUUUUCGGAGGGGGUCCUCUCCCCUCCCCCCUCCCUCCCUUCCCCCUCCCAAAGGCAACGAAUCCAGGUCGGGACACUCUCUGGCUCCUGUCGGCCGCUUCUCCUCCUCGCUCUUGUCCCCCCCAUACCUUUUUUUGGCAGUGGUCGGAUUUCUCUUUCCCCCCCCUCGCUGUCGCUCCCUCUAUGCGCCCGCGUGUGCCGCUCAUUGCCUGUGCUCCUUGAAGCCUCGCCGGUUUCCCCACCACCAUUCCGAGACUUCCCGGCUGCCAGCUGCUGCGCCCCCUCCCCAGAAACAGCCGCUUGAAUGUACAACAUGAUGGAAACCGAGCUGAAGCCUCCCGCCCCCCAGCCGACUCCGGGGGGAGGCACGGGGGGGAACAGUAAUUCGGGAGCCAACAACCAGAAGAACAGCCCGGACCGGGUCAAGAGACCCAUGAACGCUUUCAUGGUGUGGUCCCGGGGCCAGAGGAGGAAGAUGGCCCAGGAGAACCCCAAGAUGCACAACUCGGAGAUCAGCAAGCGCCUCGGGGCCGAGUGGAAACUGCUCUCCGAGGCGGAGAAGCGACCUUUCAUCGACGAAGCCAAGAGGCUGCGCGCCUUGCACAUGAAGGAACACCCGGAUUAUAAAUACCGACCCCGGCGGAAAACCAAGACCCUGAUGAAGAAGGAUAAGUACACGCUACCGGGGGGGUUGCUGGCCCCGGGCUCCAACUCCAUGGCCGCGGGGGUCGGCGUUGGGGCCACGCUGGGUGCGGCGGGAGUCAACCAGCGGAUGGACAGCUACGCGCACAUGAACGGCUGGAGCAACGGCGGCUACGGGAUGAUGCAAGACCAGCUCGGCUACCCGCAGCACCCGGGCCUGAACGCGCACAACGCCGCCGCCGCCGCCGCUGCCGCCGCCGCCCAGAUGCAGCCCAUGCACCGCUACGACGUGAGCGCCCUGCAGUACAACUCCAUGACCAGCUCCCAGACGUACAUGAACGGCUCGCCCACCUACAGCAGCAUGUCCUACUCGCAGCAAGGGACCCCGGGGAUGGCCCUGGGCUCCAUGGGCUCGGUGGUCAAGACCGAGGCCAGCGCCAGCCCCCCCGCGGUCACCUCUUCUUCCCAUUCCAGGGCUCCCUGCCAAGCCGGCGACCUCCGGGACAUGAUCAGCAUGUACCUCCCCGGGGCUGAAGUGGCAGAGCCGGCCGCCCCCAGCAGACUGCACAUGUCGCAGCAUUACCAGAACGCACCUGUGCCCGGCACGGCGAUAAACGGCACGCUCCCUCUAUCCCAUAUGUAA